UGAAGACAGCUCUCCAGAGUCUGUCGUCCAUAGAACAGACACAAUUUGCUAGUAGCUACUCGGGCUGUGCGUGAUGGUGUCUAACAAGUGAUGAGCGGCACAAAGCAAUGCGAUACACGCACGGACCGGGAUUCGAAGUUCAACUUGUCGUAGAAAAAGGACAAUGAUGAUGAUAGUGCGUCGUGCUACCAACGAAAGCAAGACAAGCAAGACAAGCAAGACAAGCAGGAGAAAAGGAUGAAAUCAGAGCUUAGACACCAUAACAGGUAGCCUACGACACGCUAGAAUGGCGACGGCACCACGACUGUUCGGCAGUGACGACUAUCUCGGCAAACGCGACGAUGACCUCCGGCGACGACCAGGUUCGCAACCAUGGUCAUGGUCCACUAUGCUACGCAUGCGCCGUCGUCGCCUUGCCAUGGGCCUGCUCGGUGCCUUCUUGAUCUGGCUCUUUGUCCACAACAUUCCUACCGAUCUGGGAAGUGUCGACCAGCGCAUGGGUCGACCCUUACGUCCUGGGCAUCGAGUUGGAGGUGUCGAGUUUGGUUACAGGCCACCGACUCGUCCUGCCCAGCAGCCCGCCUCUCCAAAAGCCGGUUCCACAAAAGAGCCGACGGGCCCUCCACCAAAGUCGCAAGCUGUUAUACAGCAAAAUGACCAUUAUUAUGCCGGUCCUGUCAGGUUCUACAAGUUGGCAAAGACUAUCCAGGCUAUCGCGCGCACCAUGGGUCACAGAAAGGAUAAUAGAAAUAUCUUGUUCGCCGCUUCCAAUCUCAAGAGUGCUGCGAAUCUCCUACCUAUGGCCUGUGAGAUGGCCCGCAUAGACAAGAACUUUGUACAUUUCACCCUUGUUGGACGAGAGGCCAUCCCGCUGGAAGACGUGCUCGGGAUAAAUGGUGUAGAUCGCGACUCUUGUGAUAUAUUCUUCCACGACGCCCGAUGCGAUUACUCCGAGUACAGCACAGAUGCCCGCGCAGAGGCUGCUGUCGUAGGUGCUCUGGGUCACAUUCAAAUGUACAUGCAUCCCCAAGCCAUUGUCAUUGAUGAUUCAUCUGUCGAGGAUGCCUUCUUCAUCCGGGCUUUGCGUUCAAAACUUGCAAACCUAGCCACACCGCUUAUCGAGAUUCCUAAAGGAAAGUACGAGGACUUCUUGUGGAUGACUCGUCUUGACAGCGGCGGAUUGACUUCGUGGCACAAGCCUAGCGUAAAUAUUCUCAUUCACGCCCAACCUCAUUCAUCUGGCUCGUUACUGCGCCUCCUGCAUUCUAUCAAGACUGCAGACUACUCUGGACUUUCUCACCCGGACAUCACCAUCGAUCUUCCUGCGGAUGUGGAGCCAUUUGCACGCGACUAUCUACGAGAUUUUCAGUGGCCUCCACACCAAGACCCUACCGGACCACGUCAACGUAAAGUCAAGUUGCAUCAUCGCAUCUCUACUGUCAAAACCACGUCCGAGACAAACGCCCUCCGCUUUCUGGAGUCGUUCUACCCUGUUGAUCCUGACCACUCUCACGUCUUGUUACUUUCAACGCAGACGGAGCUUUCCCCACUAUACUAUCACUAUCUGAUGUAUCAUCUGCUGCAACAUCGAUACUCGGCGGAUGGAUCAGAUGAUGGAGACAACCUUUUCGGCCUUGUGCUUGCAGCUCCGGACUCCUACCUCAAUGGUACCAGUCCAUUUCAUACCAUGACAAUGUCCGAUACUGAGCGAAACACCAAGGCAAUUGAAGACUUGUCUGUGCCGUUCUUAUGGCAAGCACCAAAUGCCGAUGCAGCUCUCAUAUUUGGCGAUAUCUGGGCCGAAGUACAUGACUAUCUCAAGAAUCGUCUGCGUGCAGCUCAUGACACCUCAUCGGUCCAGCAAGCGCCAACCAAGCGUGCAAAGCUCGUUUCGGAGACUCAGCCCGGAUGGCUUGAGUAUAUACUAGAGCUGAUGAGAGCAAGAGGGUGGAGGAAUCACUACCCUGCUCAACUUGAUGCAGGAACAUGGGCCACUGUACAUCGUGAUCUAUUUCAGAAGCCGGAAGAGUACUCGGAUACGCCUACCAAGAUUGUUGACACACCAAAAGAAACAAAAGCAGAGAUGGAGAUUGGUGAAGACGAACCGUUCCUCCGAGCAGAGCCAGCCGCGGAGCAGACUCGCCGGCAGGAGGAGUACUUGGACAGGAAAGAGCAUGAUACGCUGCAACAUUCUCAGCCACUACACGCAAUGUUGCCUUACGAGACCAAACUCACUGAAAUCGCUCUCCUACCAGCACUAGAGUUUGGUGGUCAAAAGGUGGAGCGCGAGGAGUUCAAACGUCUGGCAACAGAGUACCGACCAAUGCUGAGGGCACAAGUCGGUGGUUGUAAUGCUGUGGAAGCCUCCAAUGACCGCAAGUAUGAUUUUGGUAAAACAGGUGAUUUGUUUUGUUUCCUUGAUCAGCCUGACUUGGAAGAAGAGGAGAAUGUCAGUGAGAAGACAGCCAAGGCCAUCCUCGGAGAUGACAUAUCUGAACCAGCUUCAUACGCCGUGACAGAAGCAAAAGAACCUACGCUUUCUCCAGAAAGCAUGGCGCUAGCGGAACAGGGACCUUUGGACUCGGCAUCGAAACAGAAACUGGCGCAUAUGAAAGCACAACCGCCUGUCGUCAAGCAAGUCAACCAAGAGGAAUCAGAAGAUCCGCCAAAGACGCUAGCCGACGAUCCCUCUCGUAAACAUGGAGGUGGCACACUGAAGGCGAUUGUAGAGGAUUUGGGACCUCCAAAAGCAAAGGAGGAAUAACGAAGUUUCUGGCAAAAUGUCAAUGAGAUUUUGUAAUACCGUACUCAAAGAUAAAUGAUGUGUUUAAACCUGAGAACGAUGCGCAUGGUAUGGUUGAUGCUAGUGCAAUGUCUAUCAUUAGCAACGACGAACAUGAACCUGAACAACCGUCAUAAAUUAUCUCGACAAGAAUCCUGUAGCAUUUCUGUUCGACAGCUUGGGACUUGAGAGGUUGAUGCCUCUACAACCACGACUCAAAGGUAUUGAAUGUGAGAUAACAUGUCUGAUGUACUCAUUCAAAUAAACACUGAACGCCUGUCGUCCAUAUCGACACUGCCCCGUCAUACAUUAAUCAGCCAACGCCGGGGCGGAACGCCAACUCCCAGAAAUACCAUCAUUCAAUCACUGUUCAUGAACACCCAUCUCCUCAACAUCACAGUUGGGAUGUACGACGUAAAAGAUCCUCU